GUUGAUAUUCCAGCACACAAGCAAAACGAAGACUCGCUGCUUCUUCCCCAUUUCCCUCACCUCUGCGCGCCGAACCCCGAUUCCCUCACCUCGUCGCCGCCGGAGCGGAGCGGUUCCCAGACCUGGAAUUUCGCUGUGGACAUUUUCACCCUUGAAAGAAGUGAGCUAGUGAAAAUCCAUAGUACCAUGGCAGAGGGGGUUGUCGGCAUGCUGAUUCUGAAGCUUGGUUCAGCCUAGGCCAUAGAAGCAAUCAAGGUUGGUACAGGGAAGCUAUGCCGUCAAGCUAAAGCUUCUUCUGUUGUCAGGCUGUUUGGUCAGAUCCGUGAUAUCAAGGAGGAUCUGGAGAGCAUGCAGUCGUUUCUACAAGAAGCCGAGAGGUUCAAGGAUACUGAAAAUACCACUGCUAGCUUCAUCAACAAGAUCCGAGGCCUUGCUUUCGAGAUCGAGGAUGUUGUUGACGAGUUCACCUACAAGUUAGAGGAUAAACAUGGUGGCUUUUCUGUGAAGAUCAAGCGGCGGUUUAAGAGAAUCAGUACCUGGCGCCGUCUGUCACUGAAAUUGAGAGACAUCAAACUGAAAUUAGAGAAUGUUGAUAGGAGAAAGGCCCGGUAUGACAUGAGAGGAAUUGCAAUAGAAGCUAGAAACAGUGAUGCUCAUUGCAGAUCUACAGAUCAGACUUCAUACUUCCCAAUAGAAGAAAAUCUUGUCGGCAUUGAUGAGAGUAAGAAUCUGCUGAUUAAUUGGUUGACAAGUGAUUUCCAACAGGAGAAUGUAAUUAGCACAGUAUGGGGGAUGGGAGGAGUAGGCAAGACCACUUUGGUUGCCCAUGUUUACAACACUCUGAAGAUAGACUUCGACUGUGCUGCAUGGAUAACUGUAUCAAAAUCAUACCAGGUUCAGGACUUGUUAAAGCAGAUUAUCAGGGAGUUACAGAAGAGCGACUUGAAGGGUGAACUUCGCGUUGAUAUUGUUGACAUGGAAAAGAGAAGCCUAGUUGAGAUCAUCCGUGAUUUCUUGCGUGGCAAGAAGUAUCUUCUGGUUCUAGAUGAUGUCUGGGGUAUUGACAUCUGGUUCAAGAUAAGAGAUGCUUUCCCUACUAACAGCACCAGUCGGUUUGUAAUCACGUCAAGAAUCCAUGAUGUAGCGUUGCUGGCUACUGGAAAUUGCAUGGUUGAAUUGAAACCACUAGAAGCGCACCACUCAUGGGAAUUGUUCUGUAAAGAGGCGUUUUGGAAAAAUGAAAACAGAAUAUGUCCGGAGGAGCUACAGUUUUUGGCACAAAGAUUUGUGGACAAGUGUAAUGGCUUGCCCAUUGCUAUUGCAUGCAUAGGUCGUUUACUGUCCUGCAAAAGCCAAACUCAUUCUGAAUGGGAAAAAUUGUACAAGGAAUUAGAAGUGCAGUUGACAAACAAUGCAAUUUUUGAUGUUAACAUAGUUCUAAUGGUCAGUUUGGGGGAUCUUCCAUAUAUUUUGAAGAACUGCUUUCUUCAUUGUAUUGUAUUUCCAGAGGAUUAUUUGAUCAAAAGGAAAAGACUGAUUAGGCAUUGGGUGACAGCAGGAUUCAUCAGGGAAACAGAGCACAAAACAAUGGAGGAAGUGGCAGAGGGCUAUUUGUACGAACUUGUAAAUCGAAGCCUAUUGCAGGUAGUGGAGAGGAAUGAAAGUGGACGUGUGCGGAGUUGUCGAAUGCAUGAUAUCAUUCGCCUUCUUGCUCUGGCUAAAUCAAAUGAGGAGAGGUUCUGUAGAGUUCAUGAUGGCCCAGGAAGUUCUUCAGCAGAAAAUACACGCCGCCUAUCAAUCCAAAGCGCCAAUAUUGAGCAGUUGACUCUUUCAAGUGAAGUUCAGCUCCGUUCAAUCUAUGUUUUUGACAAUGGUCUGACAAUUGAUUCACUGGAGUCUUUGUUGAAAUCUUUUAAGUUGCUAUCAACUUUAGAUCUACAAGGUUCCAAAAUUAGGAGGCUACCGAAUGAGAUUUUCAACAUGUUUAAUCUGCGGUUUCUGGGUCUUAGAGAUACCGAGGUUGAGGAUAUUCCGAGAACAGUUGGAAGACUACAGAAAUUGGAAGUUUUGGAUGCUUACAAUGCUAAGCUGUUGAGUUUACCAGAGAGUGUGGCGACACUCAGGAAGUUGAGAUAUCUAUAUGUAGCUACUGAUCCAAAGACAAAUAUUAAAGGAGUUGUUGCCUGGACUGGAAUCCAGGUGCCUAACGGCAUAAGGCACUUGACAGACUUGCAAGCCUUGCAACUUGUUGAGGCAAGUUCAGAGACUUUGUGUCAUCUUGGUGCUUUGACAGAGUUGAGAACUUUGUCCAUCACCAAAGUGCAGAGAGAACAGUGUGCUGAUUUGUGCAAUGCUAUCAUGAAUAUGACCCAUCUUGUUAGUCUGGCAAUUAUGGCUAUAAAUGAGAAAGAAACACUGGAACUGGAAGAGCUCUGCUUACCCCCUACGCUCUCGAAGCUUGAAAUAGGAGGGCAACUAGAUAGGAAACGGAUGCCUCAGAUUGUCUCGUCCUUCUCAGACCAUGAAAACAUUACCUUGUUGGCCUUAGCCUUCUCCAAACUUGAUGAAGACUCAUUUUCAUGCCUGCUGGUGUUACAUGGUCUACGUGCACUUUGGCUUGAUAAGGCCUAUGAAGGGAAGAGGCUGCACUUCAAUGCCAUGGCAUUUCCAAAACUGCGACUGCUAUCAAUCUCAGAUGCACCGCAGCUCAAUGAUGUUGUGGUAGAAGAAAGUGCAUUGCAAAGCCUUCUUCACCUAUCUCUCACAGAUUGUCCAGAGCUAAAGGCCCUCCCUGAUGGCAUUGAGCAUCUUAGAACACUAGAGAAAUUAUAUCUGCGAGGAGUUUCCAAAGAUCUCACAAAGAAGCUUCAGAACAAAGAAAAAACAAAUGAAUGCAAUGAUUAUCUUAAGAAGAUCAAUCACGUCCGAAGGGUAACUGUUUAUCCAUGAAGCACUUGGGAUAUGAUCCAGUGUUCCAGCAUAUAUCGUCAACUCAAGUACCUCUGAGAUCUCGCUCAAACUGAAUAGUUCGGAGAAAAAAAGGAGGCUUUAUAGAAGAGAAGUGGCAAGGAAAUGUCGAAAAGCAUCUGUGUAGACUGUACAGAACCUGAGUUAGGAACAAGAGGAGAGCCUUACUCGGUUUUGUUGGUCGAGAUGUUGAAAAUGCACAUCACAUCGAAAUGGACACCUCAGGAGGAACCAGAGAGGGAACCAUAAAUGCUCUCAAUGCAGCAAAAGUUUCAGCAAUGAAAGCUGCUGAAAUAGACACCGAGGAGGGUCCGGCGGUAGUCAAGAAACAGGAGGAGCUCGACGCCGACCUGGAGAAACUCUAUGUAGCAGACAGAGACUCUCGGCCUACAAGGAACUCACUCUGUUUGCGAGUGUCGCGUCGCUGGCGAUAUCAAGUGCCUGGGAUGUACACGCUUCACUGGCUUGUUUGUCCCUGUAUGUGGGAAUUGGACUCUCAGUUUUGCAUCUUGGCCUUGAUGAAAACUGAUGGUCGUACAGCGUGAUGAUAAACGACCUCAUGUGCUAGCAACAGAAGGUACCUGGGCAUUCUCAGAAAUCAGCAUCCGCUGUAGCACCGCGGUAUGAAUGGGGAGGUUCCAGCGGAAAGAAAGUGUAUGCGCUAGCAGCAGUGAGCUCCUUGUCUGAUUCACAACUCUUUUGGCUGCUUGCUGCUAGUAGUAGGGGCACGUAUGAGGUGCAAAAAUUUGGCAUCAGCAUAUUGGACUGCUAAGGAAAACCUAAAAUUACAGCUGCAAAUCUGAUUGGGGAUGGGGCAAAUGCACCGAAAAAUAUUUGUUACUAGAAGCUUGAUUGUUUCUUCACAAAGUGAAGCACGGUCGUCAUAAAGUACACAUGCAACAGUGUAGGUAUUAGAAUCAAGACGAAGAAAUGAACAAUUGGACAGCUUGUUGUUUGUUCUUUGUAUAAAGCUUUGAACAAUUGGACAGCUUGUUGUUUGUUCUUUGUAGCAAGCAGAGAAAUGAUCUACUCCCUCUGUUCGCUUUUGUAAGACGUUUAAGACAACUGAAAUUGAACUGUUUAAGGUGUUUGCCCA